UUUAUUUCAGAUAUAUAAAAUACAAUUCCUCUUCAUCAUUAAGAUGACCAUGUUCCACUUAAGGUACUACUAACAAUCGCCCUUCUUUUUCAAGCUGGUAUUGGACUCACAGCCAACAACUUCCUCCUAUUCUUCUGAAUCUUCUCACUCCUUCAGGAUCAGAAGCCUAAGCCCACUGACCUCAUCACCUGUCACCUGGCCCUUGUCCACUUAGUGAUGCUCCUCAUUGUGGUCUUCUUGGCAUCUCCAGACCUGUUUGAGUCACUGUAUUUUCAGAGUGACUUCAAGUGUAAGGCAUUCUUCUACAUGCACAGGAGCCUCUCCAUCUGCACCACCUGCCUCCUGAGCGUGCUCCAGGCUGUCGCCAUCAGCCCUGGCAUCUGCUGGUCUGCAACGAUUAAACAGAAGUUCACAGGUUACAUCUUUCACUCCUUCUUCUUCCUAUGGGUUCUCAGUCUGUCUCUCAGUAAUAACCUGUUCUCUACUGUGGCUUCUUCUAAUGGGACCAAGACCGACGUGCUAAGUAUCGGCAAAUACAACUCACUUUCUUCCGUAAACUACAUUAUCAGGAGCCUGUCUUUCAUGCUGCCACUGCUUAGGAAUGUCUUCUUUGUAGCAAUCAUGCUGCUCUCAAGUGCAUGCAUGGUAAUUCUCUUGUCCAGACAUCAGAGACGAUCCCAAUACCUUCAUAGAACCAACCUCUCUCCAAGAGCCUCCCCAGAGAAAAGGGCCACCCAGACCAUCCUGCUGCUGGUGAGUUGCUUUGUGGUCAUGUACUGGAUGGACCUUAUUAUCUCAUCCUCCUCAGCUCUAUUAUUGGUUUAUGACUCAGUCAUUGUGAGUGUCCACAGGCUUGUGGGCAGUUUCUAUUCCACUGCCAGCCCUUUCACACUUAUUAGUUCUGAUAAAAGAAUAAUCAAAAUUUUGCAUAAUGUGCGAUAUAAAUAUAUAUUUUUAAUGAAUUAA